AGCAUAAAAAAGACGAUCAACCUGCCCUCUGUCACCUAGAAACUUCGCAUUUGCAUCACACACGUGAAAUCGUGAAAUUAGUUGAGAAAACUAAUAAGAAAUUUGAUAAAGAAAAUUGUGAAAACUCAUUGAAUAAAUAACUAAAAAUGUUAACAGCCGCUCGGUACGCAUCUCGGUUGAUUGAAAGCCGCAGUGAUAUCACAAAACGUACAUUUUCGUCUCUAUUGCAAAAUCAAUCAGCACCAGUAUUUACGGCAUACAACCAGCAUGCCAAUCAGGUUCGAUUCAAGUCCGAAGGUGUCAAGGGCGCGGUUAUCGGCAUUGACUUGGGCACCACAAAUUCUUGUGUCGCUGUAAUGGAAGGAAAGACAGCCAGAGUGAUAGAAAAUGCUGAAGGCGCUCGCACCACACCGUCGCACGUUGCAUUCACCAAAGAUGGAGAGCGUUUGGUCGGUAUGCCAGCCAAACGGCAGGCCGUCACCAAUUCAGCGAACACAUUUUACGCAACGAAACGUUUGAUUGGUCGACGGUUCGAAGAUCCCGAGGUGAAGAAGGAUAUGAAAAAUUUGUCGUACAAAAUUAGCCGGGCUUCGAAUGGUGAUGCAUGGGUGCAGGGUAGCGACGGUAAAGUCUACUCGCCCAGUCAGAUUGGUGCAUUUAUUUUGAUGAAGAUGAAAGAAACGGCCGAUUCCUACUUGAACGUCAAUGUUAAGAAUGCUGUUGUCACGGUUCCAGCUUACUUCAACGAUUCACAGCGUCAAGCCACGAAAGAUGCGGGUCAGAUAUCGGGUUUGAAUGUUUUGCGUGUGAUAAACGAACCGACGGCUGCUGCGUUGGCCUAUGGCAUGGAUAAGACCGAAGAUAAAAUCAUCGCAGUUUACGAUCUCGGAGGAGGAACGUUUGACGUCUCCAUUUUGGAAAUCCAGAAGGGUGUCUUCGAAGUGAAAUCAACAAACGGAGACACUUUGUUGGGCGGCGAAGAUUUCGACCACAUACUGGUCAAUCAUUUGGUAGCCGAAUUCAAGAAGGAGCAGGGAAUCGAUAUAACUAAGGAUCCGAUGGCUAUGCAACGGUUAAAGGAAGCAGCUGAAAAAGCGAAAAUCGAACUCUCAUCAUCUGUGCAAACUGACAUCAAUUUACCCUACCUAACAAUGGACGCCUCUGGCCCGAAGCAUAUGAACCUGAAAUUCUCCCGCUCCAAGCUAGAAAGUCUGGUCGGUGAUUUGAUCAAACGAACAAUUGCACCAUGCCAGAAAGCAUUAUCAGACGCCGAGGUUUCCAAAUCUGACAUCGGUGAAGUUUUGUUGGUCGGCGGUAUGACUCGAAUGCCCAAAGUUCAACAGACUGUUCAGGAACUGUUCGGUAGAACUCCAUCGAAAGCAGUUAAUCCAGAUGAAGCAGUGGCUAUCGGUGCUGCUGUACAAGGUGGUGUCUUGGCCGGUGAUGUUACGGACGUGUUACUGUUGGACGUUACUCCACUUUCACUCGGAAUCGAAACUCUAGGCGGAGUAUUCACGCGACUGAUCACCAGAAACACAACCAUUCCCACAAAGAAAUCUCAAGUAUUUUCAACAGCUGCUGAUGGACAAACACAAGUGGAAAUUAAAGUCCAUCAGGGUGAACGUGAAAUGGCUAACGAUAACAAGAAACUCGGCUCGUUCACAUUGGUCGGAAUUCCACCAGCGCCACGUGGUGUACCACAAAUUGAAGUUGUAUUCGACAUCGAUGCCAAUGGUAUCGUGCAUGUAUCGGCCAAGGACAAAGGUACCGGCAAAGAGCAACAAAUUGUGAUUCAAUCGUCGGGCGGUCUGAGCAAAGACGAAAUCGAGAACAUGGUCAAGAAUGCCGAACAAUUUGCACAGGACGAUAAAGUGAAGCGAGAACGUGUCGAAGCGGUCAAUCAAAGUGAGGGCAUUGUUCACGAUACCGAAUCGAAGAUGGAAGAAUUCAAGAGCCAAUUGCCACAAGAAGAGUGCGAUAAACUGCGAGAAGAAAUUGCUAAAGUUCGCGAAGUCUUAGCCAACAAAGAUGCCGUCGAUCCAGAAGAAAUCCGAAAAGCCACAAGCACACUGCAGCAAUCGUCACUGAAACUAUUCGAAAUGGCAUACAAAAAGAUGGCUUCGGAACGCGAAAGUUCCAACGCUGACCAAACAUCGAAAACGGACGAUUCUACGAGUUCCGAACAAAAGAAAGAAGAUAAGAAUUGAAUAGUCAAUCGCUAGAUCCAUUCUCGUUUCCUUUUUCUGUUUUUUUUUUUUAUUUGUCUAAUUAGAUGAAAGUAAGAGA